AUGUACGACGGCAUGAUGGACCCGGGCGGGGGCGAGUUCGACCCCCGACCCGACCUCAGGUGCGCUCGCGGCCCCCCGCCGGUCUCCCCGACACGACACCCGGGUGUUACAACGAGACCAGAUCCCACGCGAUUUCGCCCCCGCCCCUCCCCCCUCCCCGUCGUCCGUCCCGAACCGUCCCCUGACCUCUCCCUUCCCCCCGUCACGCGCACCAGCGGCACGUGGGAGACGUACGCGGUGGACAACCAGGAGCCCUUCCUCCGCGCGUUCGGCUCCGCGUUCCACACCGGCGCCCCCGCGUUGGUCCGCCCGAAGGAGCUCCACGUCCUGACGCACGACCGCGACGGGGGCGCGCUGGAGGACACGCUCGUGCUGGGCGACACCGCGGUGGUGAACCGCACGCGCAUCGGCAGGGCGUGCGAGAUCGUGGGGCCCGACGGCGCCGCCAUGACGGUCACCGCGAGGUGGGACGGGGACGUCUGGGUCGAAGUUGACGACGCGCUCGUGAUGGAGACGCGAAGGUGGCGCGAGGGCGAGCUGCUCGUGGUGGCGCGAACGGUGACCAACGACGACGGCACGCUGGUCACGAGCAAGGCUUUCAUGGGCGCGCCGAGGAAGAGGGCGGCGGCGUUCGAGGCGGCGUCCCCGGGCGCGGUGCUCGCGCUCUCGCCGCCGGGCGGACCGAAUUUGCCGAUGCUCUCAUCCGUCUCUCAGUCCUCGGCGGCCAAGGGGAAAACCGCGAAGAAGGGCGGCCGCGAGGACGGCGACUUCGACGACUCCAGGAGCGACUCCGGGUCCGUGUACUCGCAGGUGAUGGACGCCGCGCGCGGGUUCGUGUUCGGGGAGUCCAGCCCCGGGGCGGGGGCGGGCGGCGGCGAGCUGGCUCAAAUUUCCAGGGGCGGCGCGGGCGCGAGGCGCGCGGCUGAGUUCUUCGGCUUGGACCCCGCGCGUGCGCCGCUGUGCGGCGCUUUCCCUUGCUCGCUCAAGGGCGCGACCGGGCACCUGUACAUAUUCGAGUUUCACGUCGGGUUUGGCGCCGUACACCUCACCGACGUCAACCAGUGGGGCACGCCGGCUAAGCUCGUCAACAACCUCGAGAUAUCCGGCGCGGCGAAGAUGACCAUCGGGCUAUCCACCGGGGCGAUUCUCACCUUCGACGACGUCGAGGACCGCGACGCGGCGUACGACUGCAUGGUUAACAUGCUCGAGAAGAUCCCCCCGUCCCCGGACGAGGAGAUCCACGGCGGUGACCCGGACCACCGGGUACCCGUGCCCCUUCGGCUCGGCUUUGAGCCCGAGCGGUACGUCAUCGUUCACUUCGCGACUACCGAGUUCCUUCCCGAGUCGUGCGCGGGGUGCGUUCCCAUCGCGAUCGCCGCCAUGGGCAGGUACGGCACCGCGAUUCCGAGCGGCGGGGUGUGGACCCCCGGCGUGUACUCCCCGUUCAAUCGCACGCUGGUUUUCCCCGCCGCCGAGGCUGACCUCGCGGCGGAUGCGGUGGACGUCACGGUGAUGGCGGGCGGGUUGGGAGACGGGGGGCAGACCGUGGGAAAGAUCACGCUGCCUCUGUCGAUCAUGCCGAGGACGCGCGCGGGUGCGAACGAGGUGAAGAAGAACCCGUGGACGGUCGGGGUCAAGUCGAUGGAUGAAGACGAAGAGGACGCGACGGGACGAAGGGUCAGCGACGAUUUCAGCGACGAACACGGCAAGACGCCGGGAAAGCAGCGCCGGAUAUCGGCGCGGAAAGCCCCCCCGGGAGAGCUCACCAUCGCCGCGUGGAUCGGUACCACCGCGGACGUCAACGAGCUCGGCGGCGGCGUCAUCACCGCCAAGCUCUCUUCAAGUGACGCCGCCAAGCCCGCGGUUGUCAGGGUACCGCCCGCGGUUUCCCGCGUCACCGUCAACGUUCACGCGGUCCGCGGCGUCGCCGCCAGAAGCCUCCUCUCCCGGAUCGACGAGGACGGUGUCGGCGACGUGGACCGCGACGUGGACGAUUCCGUGGAGCUCACGUGUCGCCUCGCCAUCGGCGAGCAGGUCCACGUCACGUCCCCCGCGUCGCAUUCCCCGACGGAGCAGGCGUCCUGGCCCGCCGCCGACUCACUCCCCGCGACAUUCACAGCGCCGGAGCCCAGGAGCGGCCUCCUCAACAUCGACCUCUGCGUCGGCCCCGACGGCGAGAAGAGCAUCGGGCGCGUCGACGUCGACCUCGCGUCCUUACAGCUGCGCCCGAGGGAGGGCGCACGACCGCGGAGGCACUGGAUCAAGCUCAGGGCGCCGCCCGCGAGCGCGGACGCGUCGUCAGACGCGGGCGCCUCGACUCGGGGGACCAGCGUGCGAAGCCGCGGUUCGUCGUCGCGCGUUCGGUCCAAGCGCCGGUCCGGAGACGCGGGUGGCGGGUUCUUCGGCGGGUUCUUCGGGGCCGGCCAGCAGUCCGUGCCCAGCACGGUGUACGAGGAGGGCGAGUCCGAGACGGACGACGGGUACUCGGACGACGAGACGGGAUACACCGAGACGGAUUUCACCGGUGAGACGGAUUUCACCGGGGAGACGGACGAGGAGGAAUACUUUGGGGAGAUUCUCGUGGACGGGUUCGUGGACGAGGGGUGCGGACCCACCGCCGCGAUCGGUAAGAAGGCGCCGCUGGGCGAGCUGUCGCUCGAGAUCCUCUCCAUCCGCGGCUGCACCCCCGAGGGAAGCGGGAGGAAAUCGGAGCCCGCGGUUAUGCUCAAGCUCGGCGGUUCGUGGGCGCACCUCCCCGCCGCGGCUGGCGGCGCCCCCGCGGAGUGGCGCCGCGAGAUCGUCGCCGCGGUGUACGACGGCUCGGACUGCGCCGAGAUUGGCGUCUUCGACCAGUCCGCCGAGGACCUCACGCCGCUGGGUUUCGUCAACGUGCCAGUCAGGAAACUUCCCCGCGGGUACCCGAUGGUCUCCACCCUCGCCCUCGGCGGCGCGAAGGAAUCUAACCCCCACGCGGAGAUUACCAUCCGCGCCAGGUUCAAGCCGCUGGUCUCACGCGGCGCACAGCUGUUCCAGAGCAUGUCACCGCCCCUCCCAAUCUCCGCGUACGUCCACGGCGCGCGUAAGGGCACCGAGGACGGCGGCGUGGGCGUCGACGAGCUCGUGAGGCAGCAGCGGGAGCUCGCGCUUGAAUCCCUCCUCGAGGGACCCGCGCCUCUGCCCGAGCCGAUGGUUCGCGCCAUGCUCCCGCGGCCCAAACCCGAUGCCGCCACUCAGAAGGCGGCGGCGAAGGGCGUCAAGGCUUGCGUCGUGAGGAUCGCCGCGUCGCUCGAGACGUACAGGCUGGAGCUGGCGUUUGUCCGCCGGGCGAUCACGUGGGAGAGCCCCGUCGCCGCCGGAUUUUUACACGUGUUCAUCAUCUGGGUUCUCUUCAACCCGGGCGCGGUGUUCCCGUGCGCGGCGCUGUGGCUCGCGAUCCGCAUGAUGGUGCACAAGCGCCCCGGGCGGUGGACCCUCCUCGGCGCGGACAAGUCCCACGCCGCGGGCAGCUUUGACGUCGGCGUCGCGCCCCCGGGGUCCAAGCUCGCGGGGUCCGAGGUGGCCGGGCUGGUCGGCAAGCCGCCGUCGAUCGUGGGAUCCAGCGUGGGCGGCGCGGUGGUGGCCAUGAGCAAACGCGCGCACACGUCCGCGUUCAGGGCGCUGGGUGUCAACCCGGGCGUGGACGCGUACGAGGGGUGCGUGCAGACGGCGUACUGGGCGCAGGCGCUGGCGAGGCACGCCGUGCCCGCGGCGGAGGCGCUUCACGACUUGGUGACGUGGCGCGACGCGGGCAAGAGUAACGCGUUCAUGACGUUCUGCUUCGGCGCGAGCUUCUUCACGAUCUGGGUGAAGCUGAGGGUGGUGGUGCUGGUGGCGUGCUUCGUGGCGUUGAGGCACCCGGUGCUGUGGAAGCCGGCGACGCGGCCGUUCCGACUCGCGUUGGCCGCGGAAUGA